AUGCCUGUGGUCAUUCUCUUCUUAUCCACUAAUGAUGUUGAUGGUGAGGAUGAUCUAAAUGAGGGGGAGGUCGGUGAUGAUGAUAACAGGGAUGGUAAUGAGGUUGGUGAUGUGGAUUGUGAAGUCAAUAGGAAUGCUGGAGAAAAAGGGGAUGGUGAUGGUGUCAUUGAGGAUUGUGGAGAAAAGGGGGAUGAUGGUGUUGCUGCUGGGGAUGAUGAAUGUAAAGUUAUUGAUGAAGACAAUGGCGAAUGCUGUGAGUUUGAUGAUGAUGUUAAGGAUGAGGAAGAUGAUGUGGAGGUUGCUGAUGGUGGGGGCUGUGCUGGUGGGGUGGAUGAUGAUGUUAGUGGGAAUGGUGAAGAUGCUGGAGAUGACAGCAUUGAAGAUGUUGUUAAUGAUGAUGGUGAUGAAGAUGGUAAAGAUGAUGAAUAUGGUGCAGAUGAUAGUGUUGAAGAAGAUGAUGAUGACAAUAGUAAGACUGAUGAAGAUGGUGCUGUUGAUGGUAUUGAAGAUGUUGAUGAUAACGAUGUUAAUGUUGGUGAUGAAGAUGGUGUGAAUGAUGAUGAAGACAGCAAGAUUGCUGAUGAUGGUAAGAAUGAGGAAGAUGAUGUAGAGGUUGCUGAUAGUAAGGGCGGUGCUUGUUGUGUUGAUGAUGAAGAUAGUGUGACUAAUGAAGAUGGUGCUAUGGAUGAUGAAGAUGGUGCAGAUGAUAGUGUUGAAAAUGAUGAUGAUGAUGAUAAUGAAGACAAUAGUGGGACUGAUGAAGAUGUUGCUGAAGAUGGUGAAGAUGAUGAGAAUGGCAUGGACGAUAUCAUUGAAGACGUUGUUGAUGAUGACGAUAAUGAUGUUUGUGGUGUGGAUGGCUGUGAAUGCUGUGAGUUUGAUGAUGAUGUUAAGGAUGAGGAAGAUGAUGUGGAGGUUGCUGAUGGUGGGGGCUGUGCUGGUGGGGUUGAUGAUGAUGUUACUGGGAAUGGUGAAGAGGCUGGAAAUGAUAGCAUUGAAGAUGUUGUUAAUGAUGAUGAUGAUGGUGAUGAAGAUGGUAAAGAUGAUAAAUAUGGUGCAGAUGAUAGUGUUGAAGAUGACAAAAGUGAGACUGAUGAAGAUGGUGCUGCUGACAAUGGUGAAGAUGAUGAAGAUGGUGCUGUUGAUGGUAUAGAAGAUGUUGAUAACGAUGUUAAUGGUGGUGAUGAAGAUUGUGUGAAUGAUGAUGAAGGCAGCAAGAUUGCUGAUGAUGGUGAGAAUGAGGAAGAUGAUGUAGAGGUUGCUGCUACUGAGGACUGUCCUCCUAGGGUUGAUGAUGAUUGUGAUGUUAAGGAGACUGAUGAAGAUGAUGCUAAGAAUAGUGUAGGUGUUAUUAUUGUAUAUGUUGAUGGUAAUGAUGGUGCUGAAGAUAGUGGGGAUGGUGAUGUAGGCUGUGAGUUUGAUGUUGAUGGUAAGAAUGAGGAAGAUGAUGUAGAGGUUGCUGAAAGUAAGGGCAGUGCUUGUUGUGUUGAUGAUGAUGAAGAUAGUGGGAAAAAUGAAGAUGGUGCUAUGGAUGAUGAAUAUGGUGCAGAUGAUAGUGUUGAAUAUGAUGAUGAUGAUGAUGAUAAUGAAGACAACAGUGGGACUGAUGGCGAUGGUGAAGAUGAUGAGAAUGGCGAUGAGGAAGAUGAUGUGGAGGUUGCUGAUGGUGGGGGCUGUGCUGGUGGGGUUGGUGAUGAUGUUAGUGGGAAUGGUGAAGAGGCUGGAGAUGAUAGCAUUGAAGAUGUUGUUAAUGAUGAUGGUGAUGAAGAUGGUAAAGAUGAUGAAUAUGGUGCAGAUGAUAGUGUUGAAGAUGAUGAUGACAAUAGUGCGACUGAUGAAGAGGGUGCUGUUGAUGGUAUUGAAGAUGUUGAUGAUAACGAUGUUAAUGUUGGUGAUGAAGAUGGUGUGAAUGAUGAUGAAGACAGCAAGAUUGCUGAUGAUGGUAAGAAUGAGGAAGAUGAUGUAGAGGUUGCUGCUACUGAGGACUGUCCUCCUAGGGUUGAUGAUGAUUGUGAUGUUAAGGAGACUGAUGAAGAUGAUGCUGAGAAUAGUGUAGGUGGUAUUGUUUUAGAUGUUGUUGAUAAUGUUGGUGCUGAAGAUAGUGGGGAUGGUGAUGUAGGCUGUGAGUUUGAUUUUGAUGGUAAGAAUGAGGAAGAUGAUGUAGAUGUUGCUGAUAGUAAGGGCGGUGCUUGUUGUGUUGAUGAUGAUGAAGAUAGUAGGACUAAUGAAGAUGGUGGUAUGGAUGAUGAAUAUGGUGCAGAUGAUAGUGUUGAAUAUGAUGAUGAUAAUGAAGACAACAGUGGGACUGAUGGCGAUGGUGAAGAUGAUAAGAAUGGCAUGGAAGAUAGUUUUGAAGAUGUUGUUGAUGAUGUUUGUGGUGUGGAUGGCUGUGAAUGCUGUGAGUUUAAUGAUGAUGUUAAGGAUGAGGAAGAUGAUGGGGAGGUUGCUGAUGGUGGGGGCUGUGCUGGUGGGGUUGAUGAUGAUGAUGUUAGUGGGAAUGGUGAAGAGGCUGGAGAUGAUAGCAUUGAAGAUGUUGUUAAUGAUGAUGAUGAUGAUGUUAAUGAUGGUGAUGAAGAUGGUAAAGAUGAUGAAUAUGGUGCAGAUGAUAGUGUCGAAGAAGAUGAUGACAAUAGUGCAACUGAUGAAGAGGGUGCUGUUGAUGGUAUUGAAGAUGUUGAUGAUAACAAUGUUAAUUUUGGUGAUGAAGAUUGUGUGAAUGAUGAUGAAGAGAGCAAGAUGUCUGAUGAUGGUAAGAAUGAGGAAGAUGAUGUAGAGGUUGCUGCUACUGAGGACUGUCCUCCUAGGGUUGAUAAUGAUUGUGAUGUUAAGGAGACUGAUGAAGAUGAUGCUGAGAAUAGUAUAGUGGGGAUGGUGAUGUAG